AUGUCCGACUUCGUUAACAACCUGGGCCCGCCCGUUGCGGAGAGCUCAACGUCGGCCCCCAAGAAGAGAACUCGAGUCCAGUUCUCAUGGAAGGCCCAGCAUGGGAGUACUAGCCCGUCCCUUGUCCAGGAUCGCUUGCAGCACCUGGAGAACCUGGUGAUGUCGAUGGCCCAGAAGCAGAAGCCCGAGAAUCCGGAGAUCGAGUUUAAUGUCGACCCCACAGGCGGCCAUGCCAACUAUGCGACGCCCAGCUCGGUCCGUGAAGGUGUCUCACCUUCUCAGGACACGGGAACCAUGGUGGUAAAAGACGAAGGCACCAGUUAUAUCGAUAGCGCGAAUUGGCGUGCGAUCCUAGAGGAGAUCAACGGAGUCAAGGAGUAUAUCGAUGAGAAUGAGGACAAUUCUGACGACGAAGCCACGGAGACUCACCCACUCGACAAGUCGUCGCCGGCUCUGUUGCUCGGGUCCGGCAAGCCAAUCCCCAAGGAGGAAUUGCUUGUGGAUAUCCCACCGCGGUCAAUUACAGAUCGACUGGUCUCUCGCUUCCUCAAAACAUCCGAGCCAUUGCUAGUUAUGCUCCAUAUCCCUACGUUCUACAAUGAGUAUGAGCAAUUCUGGCGCACUCCACACGAGAUGUCGUAUAGCUGGAUUUCUAUGUUGUAUUCCAUCGUGACCUUGUCGGUAUCCAUGUACCAUCGAGGCCAAGAGCCACUGCCCCUCAACAUGGCCGACACGAUGAUCACCUGGAACAUAUUCCGGAAGAGGGCCGCCCAGUGUCUUGUACAGGCAAACUAUAUCCAUCCAGGCCGCUACAAGUGCGAGGCUCUGUUCCUGUACUCAAUGUGUGAGUUUUAUCGGAGCCAAGAUGCGCAGGUCGGAGUCUCGUACCUCCAUGGAAUUGCGGUUCGAUUGGCCAUGCGCAUGGGCUACCACCGAGAUGCGCGCCAUUACCCCAUGCUGUCAGCGUGGGAGGGCGAGAUGCGACGGCGCUUUUGGGCGUUACUGUGCCAGCUAGACACUCUGGUUUCGUUUCAGGUUGGUCUGCCUCGGACCAUCCAACCCUGGCAGUAUGAUACAGAGCUGCCCUCCAAUCUGUUGGACACCGACUUCCAUAAAGAUUCUCUACAUUUACCACCGUCGAGACCAGUAGAGCAGCGAACUGCGUGCUCAUACACAAAUGGCAAAGCCCAGAUUAUGAAGGUCUUUGGGCAAAUUACCGACCUGGCAUAUUCUCGGGAGCACACUCCAUACGAAGAAAUUCUUGAAAUUGACCGCCGCCUGGUGGCAGCCAAGGAUGGCCUGCCUUCGUUCCUUCGAAUUCGACCCAUGACCCAGUCACUGGCAGACCCGACAGAAUUGGUCCUACGGCGGUACACCAUGGAUUUGCUGUACCUGAAGUCUCGCGCUGUGCUGCAUCGCCGGUAUAUUGCAGAGAACGACGGCAAGUAUUCCUACUCGCGCACCGUCUGUCUGAACGCAGCCAAAGAGACGCUUCGGCAUGGGGCCGACAUCUGGACCGAGUCCAUGCCCGGUGGCCAAUUGUACACCGAAAGGUAUUUCAUCAACUCGCUCCAGAACACAGACUUUUUGCUUUCUGCCAUGAUUCUUUGCCUGGAGCUAUCCCAGGACGACCAGCGCGGCACCGCAGCCCGUCUCAGCGCGCAAGAACGCGCGGAUUUUCUGCUUCUCUUGGAGACCAGUCAUCGGGUUUUCAAGGAUUCGCGACGUCGGUCCGUCGAUACACAGCGGGCAUUUGCGGCCUUGACCAUCAUGCUUGGUCGUGUCAAAGGCAGCAGUGUACAGAAUGUGUCCAUGGAUACGGAUCAACCAACGCCCCAAAUGAACAUUCCGUCCCAGCCGGUCUUCCCGGUCUCCAUGGACCAGCAGCAAGACCCGAUGUACUCUGCUGUUGGUGACAUGCCGCCUGCCAUGUACAACCCCACCAGCACGCCAUCUUAUUCCUCUCUAGGAGUAAUUGAAGAUAUGUUCAAUUCUCCCGCUUCAUUGGACUGGGUAAGCAUUCUUGGAUUGACGCUCCGAUCGGCCGACUGA